CAGAUUGAUGCCUACUGCAGUGGUUUGAAAGGAGGGGACACGUUGAAACAAGAAGCACACACGAGUAGCUCCACCCCCUCUGCAGUGUAACAAGCAGUCUUGGAAGCGAUGGAGGAGCGAGCAGUGCAGCAGGCAAAAAUGGAGAGCUUGCGGGAAGGAGGGCAGGAUGGAGGGAAGACUGACUGGAAAAAUGACUGCUCCCUCUCAUCUUUGCUAAAACACUCAUGUCUCCUCUGCUGGCGGUCUCCUAGGGACACGGACCUUGUUGAAACGGAUCAACGAGUCAUCGCCAAAUCAACGGAAAUAAGAGUAAGAAGACCGCAGCAUCUAGCGCUGGAGUUGGAGAAUGCAGUUACAGUGGAAAACCUGGAGUUGCAGGAGCAACAGUCGGACCGCCAGGAGCUUGAGGAAACUCUGGUGAAGUUGGAUAAACACAAGGAAAAGUUGUUGCAGCAAAUCAAGACCACCCGACAGCUCUGCUAUGAAGAGAGUCAGAAGAUUCUGUCCCUGCAGGCAGAGGAGGUGCAGAAGGAGAGCCAGGUGGAAGAGUAUGAGCGAGAACUUGCCAGAGCCAGAUGGAGGCUGAGGAAGCUGAGAGAGGAGGUGAAGCUGGCCAAGAGGAAGCUGGAGGAAGCAGGAGAGAGAAACAGUCCUCUGCAGGACUCCAUUAGGCAGUCCUAUGAAGAAAUCCUGCAGGAGGAAAACACCCUGUACUCUCUCUCCGGAGGUGCAGUGACUCCAGAAAGCCAGCUGGAUGACUCCAUGUCCCCUGCAGACACUACUGAGGAUGAGCCACUUCCCAUUAGGCCGUGGGGUCGGAGCCAAUCGCUGCCUGCUUACGCCGACCUGAUCAUGGGGGCCAACGGCGCACCGUUCUGUAACAGCCUAGCAGACACCAGAGAGGAAGCUGAUGACAGUGGGAGCAGCUCAUCAAAGAUGGACAGAUCAGAGGAUGGCGACAUUGAGCAGGUGAAAAUGGCAGAGGGGGAGGAGUUUCCUGACAGGCAGCUGGACUUUUACCAAGCAGAUCCCUUUGUGCACUGCCAGAGCAAUCAUGAACUUUUCAAUCAGGACCUGUUUCUAAAAACAGACUCUUCUGAUGGAUUUGCCUCUGACCCAUUUAAAGGAAGCAACCCAUUUGCAGCAGAUGUUCUGUUCCCUGACGAAAAGGCCGGUAGUGACGACGGUACAGGAAAUGUGUUCGACGAGGCAGACACCAGUCUGUCCUGUGCCGAAAACAAGGCUUCCACAGGUACUCAGUGCUUCGAGUCUGAGUUCCCAGACGAAGACAGCGAUAUUGAGAUCAGUUACAGCCAAGAAAACCUCGACAUUAUCAUGGGGUCCGACAACUCCUGUGGGUUCAAGCCCAUUCAAAGCUCAUCUGAGGAUCUUGGUCCAGAGCCCGUGCAUGGGUGGAAGUCGCAGGGCCAGUUUUCUGUGGAGUCUGACCCAAACGGUUAUGAGCUGGACUUAAGUGCAGUCUCUCCUCCGUCUGACAUCGAGGAGCACAGCCUUGGGUCAAUCGCUGGGGAGCUCAGGGCCGAGCCGAGUGGAGACCAUCAAGGUGAAGCUAAAAGUGAAACAACUCCGUCUGAGAAAGAACACACAGCCAACAGAGAAGAAAUUCCGUCUCUUGAGGUCACCUGCGGUCAAGGAGGCGAGUGGGAUUGCUACAUGGAGAGGAAACCUGAAGACCAGUUACUGCCAGUUUUACAAGACCAUCAGGUUCUCAGUAUCAAGACUGAAAAGACUGAUCUGAGCUUUGAGUUAAGCUAUGAACAAUGCAGUCAGUCUUCUUACGACCCAUACGGAUUUAAACUUAGUCCAGAGCACUCCAAUAACACCCUCUUGGACCCUGACGAGCAUGAACUCAGCCCUGAGCCCCUUGACAAUGAUCUGAGCUAUGACAAUGAUGAUCAAGCUGGUCAAUCUACCCAUCUGGACUUUGACCCUUAUGGGUUUGACAUUGCCUCCGCUCAAAUUAUACAAGAGUCAGAUCCUUACGGCUUUAAGCUCAGCCCAGAAGACGAGAACCAGGAAGUCCCAGAGCUCUGUGACUCUGCCAACUAUGAGAGCCUGGAUCUCAGUGGUUUCAAGAACAAGGAACAGGUGGAAUCCUUUGAAUAUACCAACCAGGAAGUUCUUGAUCCUUUGGAGAACCCUGAACAUUGUGACAAUAAUCAAAACAUAUCGGUCCAGUUUUGUGACAGUGAGAGGAGUGAGGUGCUGGUUAAUAUAAGUGCAAACAGCAGAGAGUUGGAGCUUCUUUGCGAUGAAAACCAGGAAAUUGUAGAUCACUGUAGUCCUGACAACCAGGAGGUGGUGGAACCCUUCUCUUUCAGGCACGAAUACAAGGAAGAAACCUCUAAUCAGGAAUUGCUUAAACCCUAUAGUUCCAGAGAUCUGGACCUGCUGGACUUCUGUCCUGAUAAUCAGGAAGUGCCGGACUUGGAUACGAACCAAGUGCCGUUGAAUUUAGUUGCUAAAGAAAAUCAAGAAGUUUUAGACUCGUGUACAUACGACAACCAGGAAGUUCUGCAUGACAUUGGCGAUGAAGAUCUAGAUCCAGGCUGCCAUGACAACCAAGAAGUACUAGAUAGGUACAGUAAGGAAGUUUUCCCCGAAAAGAACAACAACAACCAGUGUGUCCUGGAAAACGAGUGCGCGGUCAUUAACAGCUCUGACAGUGACAGCGCUACUGAAGACCUGCUGGGAUUGGAGCGCAGCAACACUCACACAUGCAUCGCCCCAAACACCACCAAGUCUUUCACAAAGGACCCCACCUCAGCCCCAGCCCCUGCAGGGCUAUUGGAAGGAGAUCUGUCCUCCGUAUUUGGAGCAGGAGGAUAUAUUGGUUGUCCUGAUGUAGCUGAUGAUCUGGAGCCUCUGGACCACAGAGAGGUCAAGCCUGUACCUGAGCCGGUACGACCUGUCAGGCCUCCACGGCCUUCGCUCAGGGCAAAGGAGAAAGCGAAGUUCCAGAAUCAGGGCAUCGACCUGAAGUGAGAUCAUAUCCAUCCCUGUAGAACACAACGAAUGGUGCUGAGGCACGAUUGGGGAGAAAAGAAUCAACAUCUUAAUGGCAAUAAUACUUUCGCUGUGAAGAUUAAAAUGGAAUUCAGACCAAAGCUGGGACCAGCUGAUCCGACAACAAUAUGGUCAUCUUCUUGUAUUGUGUUUUUUUUUAAAUAACUGAAAAACUUUUCCCCCAUAAUACAUUAGAGAAAGGUUUGGUUGCUGCCUGAAUAGUAAAUACAGUGAAAAGUGUGCUGUGGUUACCAGUAGAGAUGGGCUUACAUAAAUAUAUAUCUUCAUGUAACCCAUUUUCAGUGGCACUCUCUAAAAUCAAUGAAACGUCACGUUAUUUUUAAACCUACAGCGCCAUCUACUGAGCACUGUAAAUAAGGACACUGUUUCAUGAAGCUUUAUGAACCCGUCACUUGUUGUACAGUAUAUCACAUCUGAAGGAACAAAUUCAUCAGGCCAACAACGAGUUUUAAUAGCACACUUGUCCUUGCCUCUCACUCUUAAGAGGCCUGAUGCUCCAAUACAUUUCUAAUACAUUUGAGUAAGCUUCUUCAGGAGAGGCAACUUCCUGAAAAAGAAAAGGAGUUUUCCGAUCUGUUAAUGGAUGAGGGGAAAAAAGAGUUGAGGAUGAUGAGUGAUUGGAUCAUGUAUGUCGAACUGGAUGGGAAGUAGUGAAAGGGUGGACCACAAGCGACAGCAGUGGGGAUUGGUUUGGGAGAAACCUGUUUGGGGAUGUAGAAUAAUCUGUAAAGGCAGACUUAGAACGAGAGCAGCACUCCACAGAAGACCAAGACAGAAAUGACCAAGAAAAAAGGUGCGAGUGAGUAAUAAUGAUUUCAAUGAAUGAAACACUUAUGAAACAAGCUAACUUGUUUAUUUGGCAUCUAGUGACAGUUGUUCAAGAUGUUUGUCACACACACAAUACACACUGUACAGUGGAAAGUGAAAUUCUUUAUGUCCCUGCUCCAGUUGGGCAGUUUUAAACAUAGAGUGCCGUACAGAGAAGUAAAAAUACAAUGGAAUACUAAGUACUAAAAAAUAAAGCUGUAAAAAGGUGAGUGUGCACAUGCGUUUGCAUGUAUGAAAGAGACAACACUCUUCAUUCUGUAGACGGAUGACCUGAGGGAAGAACCUUCUUCUCUUCCUCUCAGUGUUAGUUCAUAGGCGAUGGAACUGGUGGCCUGAUGGCAACAAGGAGAGGAGAGAAUGUCCAGGAUAGAGCAGCUAACUAUGGGUUUUCAGAUGAAAACAUGCGCAGUGACCUACUGUCAUGCAUGAGUUUUGGAAUGACGUGUCUGAUCUCAGUAAUGUCAGUGUUAUCCAACAGGUCUGACUACAGAUGGUGCACAUGAUUGAGGCCAAGUAGGCUGACUCACUGUGGCUGAUAGAAAUGCUGUGAGAUGAUACCGGUGAUUUGAAUGUGCUGGGGUAUAUCUACAAAUGACCCUAACCAUAACCCAGCUCUGCAGUAGUCAUAUGCGACAAGUUAACCGCCAACAUUGUUUGUCCCUUGUGGACUCUGUGACUUCACUGUACACGGUCAGUUCAGGCCUACCUCUUUUCUUUACAUGGCACUGUGAACCUCUUGAGCAAACCUUUACUUUGUUAUCAGUAUCAUCCUGUUACGCAGCACACAUAUGGCCAUGUGUCAUUGAUUUCUCAAUCAAUAUUUACUCAUAUUUGUAUGAUUCAGAUCUGACCUGUUCUCAUUACAAACUCAUUGUCUCUUUGAAGAAGUGAAUACCGAAGAGAUGCAGUCUAACAUCUUUCUUUCAUUGGUUUCAGUUCUGAAGUGAUGAAAAAAGUGGUCAGUGUUUACCAGACUUUAAAAACUGUAGAACGUACAUAUUCCUUUGAAGCAGAGAUCCUGUCGUUACACCAGUAAACAUGCACUUGUUUACAUUAGUUUGAAUAGAUGUGUGUGUGUGUAUGUGUGUGCACUCACAAUACAAGCCAAGGUUUCCAUCACUCAUAGUUAAGCCCAUCCUGCUGUUAAGCCAUCUGCCCCUGGUUAUCUUGUGACGAUUAUAACUUGUGAUAUGUGUGUUACUGUGUUGGAAACAUGACAAAAUACAAGUCGUUUCUGAUGCCACCAGUGUCAUUUCAUUUAUGCUGAAGUAAAUUUACUGUUUGCUGUUGACUGAGAUCAUUGGUCCCAAUCAGAGCUUUUUACACAUUGUAGGCAUGAAGCAAAAACUUGUUUUGAUUUUUAAGGUGUUGAAAACCUGUCUGCAUCGGAGCUCAUGGAAGAUCUACACAUCUGGACAAAUGGGACAUCAGUUAGUUACAAAACAAGAAAAACUGCUGGUAAUAUAAUGAAUAUUUCGACCCCUGCACCAUCAACAUCCAUCGGUUUCCUCCAGACUUACUGCAAGUCACUCUAAUGCUCCAAAAUUACAUUGCCAUUCAUAGCUUCUUU